ACGAAGUGUUUAUCCUGAAACAACUUGUCGUUCAUCCAACCAAAUUAUUCAUGGAGAGUAAGUGGUAAGAUGCGGAUGUUACGAUGGAUGAACAACAAGUUGUACGAUGGGGCUAUGACCAGGGUAAGGACUUCUGGGGGCGACUCUGAGUCUUUCUCGGUAGGGAUGGGGUUGCUCCAGGGGUCUGCCCUUAGCCCUUGUUUGUUCGCCUUGGUGAUGGAUGUCCUAACUCAAGGUGUUCAAGAAGGGGUCCCAUGGUGCAUGCUUUUCGCGGAUGAUAUUGUGCUUAUCAACGACACACGUGAGGGACUAAACGAUAAGUUGGAACUAUGGCGCCUUGCCCUUGAGACUAAAGGAUUCAGAAUUAGUAGGAACAAGACUGAAUACAUAAAAUGUCGUUUCAGCGGCCGGGAAACAGAAUCAGAAGUGGAAGUUAGGAUUGACUCUCACCUAGUACCUAAGGUAGACAGGUUUCGUUAUCUUGGCUCGGUAAUCCAGGCUGAUGGGAAGUUAGAUGGGGAUGUUGGACAUCGUGUUGGAGUGGCUUGGGCCAAAUGGCGGUUAGUUUUUGGGGUGUUGUGUGAUCCAAAGAUUUCGCACAGGAUUAAAAGAUUGAGCCGGGGGUCUCUUGGAAACAGCCUCUCUACUCCCGAGCAGGGGCAAGCACAACUACUGCACAAGCUACAAAUAUCAAACAUUCACCUCUCCCAACCGCACGCAGGCAGCGUACAAUUGAAAAUGCAACAAACCGCCGUGACCACUGCGGCUCCAACCGUAUCUUCGCACACCGAUUCGAAUAGCUCGGCGGCAGACGCGCCACCCAAACAGGUCGCCAUGGCCCUGGAGCGGCUAGGGCAGGCCGGCCGACUGAUCGCGGAUAUCAGACUCGGCGCUGACCGCCUCCUUGAAGUCCUAUUCAUGGCCGCUCAGCUUCAGCACUCCUCCAGACCCGAGAAUUUGAUCAUCAACGAAGAAGCUUCCAUGCGCCAACACUUGCAAGACCUCCGCGCUCUUGGUAGACAAUUGGAAGAUUCGGGUGUUCUGAAUGAUGCACUUUGUUUGCGAAGUAAUUCAUGGGGCCUCCAUAUGCCACUUGUCUGUCCUGAUGGAGCUGUUGUGGCCUAUGCAUGGAAGCGCCAACUUGCUGGUCAGGCUGGUGCAUCCGCUGUUGAUAGGACCAGGCUAGCUCUAAAAGCAUUUACUGAUCAAAAAAGGCGAUUUUUCCCUCACCUGGAGAAUGGCUGUGAUGAGGGAUCACCAAUGAAGAAAAGGUGUAGUUCAACAGCAAGUGAUCACGAUGAUAUUAGUAGCCUAAGAACAGUAUCUGAUAUUCUGUCACAUCUGGAAAAAGCAACUCCGAACAUGAAAGCUUUCACUUACCAGCGCUUGGAUUGGUUAAAGCGGGCAUCUUCAUUGCCAUCUUCUGCUCAUCAACAUUCUGUUGAGUUGAUGAAAAAUCACAACUUUCAUAUGCGAAAUAACUUGAUAUCGGGAUCAAAUGAAAAUGCUUCUAGAGAAAAGGUCACUGUGAUUGAGUUGUUCAUGCCCUCUGUUUUCAGAGCUAUUCUAUCAAUACAUCCAGCUGGUUCAGUGGACCCUGAUGCUGUGGCUUUCUUUUCACCAGAUGAGGGCGGCAGCUAUGUACAUUCAAGGGGGGUUUCAGUGCACGAAGUAUAUAGACACAUUACGGAACAUGCUGGUAUCGCUCUGCAGUAUUUUACAGGGUCAAAUGCAGAAACAGCUUUAUAUUCAUUGCUGUUGUGGCUUUACAGUUACCAUUCCUUGUUCAGGAAAGUUUGCAGCAAAUGCAGCCGCCUCCUAUUGAUGGACAAACAAUCUGCCUCGUUGCUGCCUCCUGUGAACCGCUCUUUCCGAAAUAUUUCUCCUGCCAAGAUCUUCCUAUCUAAUGCUCCCUCGACAGUGGGAAAGGUUGUAGAUUCUAAUAAGGCUUUUCAUAUAAACUGCUUUUCCGAGGAAGCUUAGCGACUGCAGAGAAAUGGCCAGCCAUAUCCCAAAACAUAACUGAUGUUCUCUUGACAGCACAUAGCAGGGUGUGAAUCGUUUUCUCUAUUCUAUUUGUUGCAGUUUUCUGAAAUUCCUGGAAUCCGCAAACCAUGAUGCUGCAAAACUGUUCUUAUUUCUACCUACUACACGUCGUUGUUGAUUUGGAUUUUGAAAACCAGUUGGAAAAUUUAAGGGAUUAGUUGGUGAUUCUUUAACAAGUUUCCAUGGGAUGUAUGGAAUUCUCACAUAAAACUUACAGCCAUGAACAAUUGUUGCUAAUGCCUGCAUAGUGGCAUGUAUUAUGUCUUGGGGUCAUUUG